AAUGUAGUAUAAAUAGCGGCAUCACUUCUGCUAUUUUUACACACUAAAACCUCACUACACUCUCUCAUUGCCUCAUCAAGUUUUGCAACUUGAAUCCUUCUAAAACAACAUGGGUGUCCAAAAGACUGAGGUUGAGGCUCCUUCCACCGUGUCAGCAGAGAAAAUGUAUCAGGGAUUUCUCCUUGAUAUGGACACUGUUUUCCCCAAGGUUCUUCCUCAGCUUAUCAAGAGUGUCGAGAUUCUUGAGGGCGAUGGUGGUGUUGGAACCGUCAGACUCGUCCAUCUUGGCGAAGCAACUGAAUAUACCACAAUGAAGCAAAAGGUAGACGUAAUCGACAAGGCCGGAUUAGGCUACACCUACACCACCAUCGGAGGUGACAUCCUCGUGGAAGGACUCGAAUCCGUGGUGAAUCAAUUCGUUGUUGUGCCAACAGAUGGAGGCUGCAUUGUGAAGAACACCACCAUUUACAACACCAAAGGCGAUGCUGUGCUCCCCGAAGACAAGGUGAAGGAAGCCACCGAAAAGUCUGCCCUGGCCUUCAAAGCUGUUGAGGCUUACCUCCUAGCAAACUAAACCGGCCAAGUUGUCUUGCACUUUCUGUUUCAUAGUAUCACCAGGGCGUACUGUGCUAUUAUGAAUCGAGUUUGCUUGUUUGUUUACGAGUAUGUAUGAGUUGAACUGAGUGUAAACUGCUGGGAUAUGUUAUAUGUACACCUCGGGUAUAUAUAUCUGAAUAUCAUCAAUAAAACAUCGAUCGUGCUCUA